UGGAAGUAUAAAUAGGAGGGAUGAGGACAGUAAAGAUCAGAUUCUCUCUUCAGAGAGCUCCGCAGCAUCUACAGCAAAUCAUGGCACCCAUCCCUGCAGCUUUGGCUGACUCUCAGGAGCAUCUGACUCUCAACCACAAGCUCAGAAAGCCUCUGGUGGAAAAAUUACGCAGAGAGCGGAUCAACAGCAGCAUUGAGCAGCUCAAGGCUCUCCUUGGUCCAGAGCUCCUAAAACAGCAGCCAGACUCCAAGAUGGAGAAAGCAGACAUCCUAGAGAUGACAGUUUGCUUCCUGCUGCAGCUGAUGCAACAAAACCAGCAGCAGAGAAGAGAGCUGAACCAGGCUAAACAAGCUGAGGCUGAUUUCGAUGACAAACUAAAAGAUCCUGGAAUCGUUCUGAACACCUGUCAGACCAUCAAAGAUGAGGAGAAAAAUCCUAAAGUUCUGUGGAGACCAUGGUAGAAACCUUCUGGCUGAAGUUUAAUUUGGAUGUAUGAGGAGAUAACAUCAGUCUAAGAUGACUGGUGUGAGAGAUGUUGAGGACUUUUCAUUCUGCUUGAACUGAGCUUCUAAGAUGUGUCUGUUUUCUUGUUUGUCUACAUUUCCAGAAAUGGCUGCAACUUCUUUUAUGUUAAGAUAGACAAUAAUUUGAUGCAUAUUGCAUAAAACUUCACUGAUUGAUUUGCAACCUUUUUUUUUACUAUAAUAAUGUAUUUAUAUAUAAGUAAAAAGACCAUAUUGGUAAAAGAUUAUUGAGUUACUUGUUCAAGUUUAAAAGAACGGGAUCUUCUGUUUGUAAAGAAGAAUUGCUUCUGGAUAUGAAGCGUCUUUAUUACUUUGCUUUAUAAGCAAGAUAUAUAUAUUUUCUUUAUGAAAUGACAUAAACAGUUUGAUGCAUGUUGCAUGAACCAAUUAAUUUUCUUUUUUUGGCUAUGUAAAUGUUUUGGAACAUGACUGUACUUUCUACUAGCUAAUUUCACUUUUGAUUUAUCGCUAUUAUGGGAAAUAUAUAGUUCUUCUGAUGAACCGGUGUUAUUGGUAGACUUAAUCUAUUGGAUUACUUUGAUUUGGUCUUAUUACCAGAUCUUACUUUUGAUCCAUUAAUUUUUAAUGGUUAUCUGGUAAUCUAAUUUUAAUAACUGUGGUGUGAUCCAGAGAACACUUUGAUCGUUUUAGAUCAGAUGAUAUAGACGUUCUUUUGUUGAAAAAUUUGUCAUCAUGUUGUGAGACCACAGAUAUGUAAUAUAUUCUGAGAUGAAUAGAUCUGUUAAUCUGUUUUUCAUGUUGAAAGGUUUGUGCUGAUACUAUUUCCCUCCUCAAAUCUCUAAAUUAAAUUGUGUGUUUGUUAAAAAUUAUAUGACCAUUAAGGUCAGACAGAAGAUGUUCUUCAUCCGUUAAAAAGUGUAAAGAUGUUUUUACACAAAUGUAACAAAAUUUCAAAGAGCAGUAUGUUCUGUAAGUUGUUUAUCUUUUAUAAAGAUGCUCUUCCUUCACUCUCUGAGUUCACUGUGUCUUGUAGAAAUCUACA